ACAUCAACGACAACAUCUUCUUUAAAAAGCAAGAAAACUUUCACUAGCAGUUGAAGAAUUUCAUUUCUCUCUCUCUCAAUGGAUUCAGGAUCAAGAAGAGGGACACAUAAUAGCCGUAGGGUUCCUUCAAUGAGAAUAGAAGGGGAAGAAGAGUUUCAAGAAGAAGAUGUGUGGUCAGUUCUGAGAGAAGGAGAAACUUCAGGCCCUGAAAUGAAAAUACCCAAAAGUCAUUUCUCUUCCUCAUCUUCUUCCUCAUCUUCACCAUGGAACAUUCAUAGAAGCAAGGAGGUCUCAGGAGUAAAACAGUCAUCCGCACCUAUGAAUGUCCCUGACUGGUCCAAGGUUUACGGUGACUCAAAGAGCAACAGAAGGAGUAGCCAUUUGCAUUAUCAUGAUGCUGACGAUGAUGAUGAUGGUUGCAUGGUUCCUCCACAUGAAUGGGUUGCAAGAAAGCUAGCAAGAACACAGAUCUCUUCUUUCUCUAUGUGUGAAGGAGUUGGAAGAACACUUAAAGGAAGAGAUCUAAGCAAAGUGAGAAAUGCUGUCUUGUCAAAAACUGGUUUCUUGGAGUAAAAAUAUUUGAUGAAUAGAUUUGAAUGCUUUGU